AGGCGGAGCUGGUGGCGGACUACAACGGCAAGGUCGCCGCGUGGCAGGUCGGCCGGAGCGUCGAGUCCAUGACGCGCGUCGCCGCCCUCGAGCUCGACGCGCCGCCCCCGCCGCUGGACUCGCCCGACGCCGCCGACGCCGCACCUGCCGCGGUGCGGCGGCGGCGGGCGCUGGAGCCGAGGGUCGCCGAGAAGGUGCGCGCGAAGCUCAAGAGGGCGGUGGACAGCUCGCGCGGAUCAUUGGGAAUCGACGAAUUCUUCGGCCAGGUGGACAAGGACGGCUCUGGGCUUCUCGACGUGCUGGAGCUCCACCGCGUCCUGCGGGAAUUGCUGCGGAUCCCGGAGUACGCGGUGUCGGACAGCGAGGUGUCCUCGCUCUUCGUCACGCUGGACGCAGACAAGUCUGGGUCCAUUGACAUCAGGGAGUUCGCGGCCUUCUUGGACGCGCCAGCCUCGGGCGACGUGGGAGCCUGGGCAAGCGCUACCGCACCCGUGUCCGGCAGAACGACCACCACGGGAACACCAGGGCCGCGCCCUGGCACGUCGCCGCAGGUCGGCACGCGGAGCUCCCGCGGCAGCCCCCUCGGCGCCCCCGGGGCGCCGCGCCCUGGCACGUCGCUGGGCGCCGUGCGGUGCGCCCCGCUGCUGUCGCGGGCGGAGCUGGAGAGGGCGCGGCGGGCGCUGCAGGAGGCCGUGCAGGAGCACGCUCCGGGCCAGGACGCCAUGGAACUGCUGGGCGGCGCGGGCGCUGAGCUGGAGGACGAGGACCUGCUGCGGCUCUUCCGGCGCGUGCUGCGGGUGCCCAGCACCGCCCUGUCCGACGACGACGCCGUGGGGCUGCGCGCCUCGCUGGACGAGGAGAUGACAGGGCGUUUGAGCGUCACGAAGUUGGUGGAAUUUAUCGACCUGGGCGACUGAGAGGGCGUCAGGUGGGCGCUGCAGUGAGGGCGCCGCCCCUCGGUUGCGGCGCGCCGCCACCCCUGGUGUGGGAGUUGGGCGGGGGCGCGCGGGGUGCCCGAGGCACGCCUGGUGCGAAUCCGCUGUCUUGGCCUCUCUUUUUCCCCCCGCUCCCGUUGUCCUCCCCCCACCCUCCCU